AUGCUGAAUCCGCCUCCACGAUCCGGCACAUCACCUGGAUCAACAGGAAUCAAAAGAUCACGAUCACCCGAUGAAUCCUCUACUAUACCGUUACACCCCCCUGCCGGUCAACGCGAAAACAAGCCCGCCACCGCAAUGACCGCUCCUAGCGGCCAAACGACAACCAGCGUGCCGGCCUCGUCCUUUCGCAACGUUUCAGCCUGUAAUCGCUGUCGCUUGCGCAAAAACAGAUGCGAUCAACGUCUCCCUCGAUGUCAAACAUGUGAAAAGGCGGAUGCGAAGUGCGUUGGCUUUGAUCCAAUUACGAAACGUGAAAUACCUCGCAGUUAUGUUUUCUUUCUGGAAGCGCGUGUGACAUAUCUCGAACGGUUGCUGCUCAAGAAUGGCAUCGAAUUCAAGCCCUCUUCUGCGUUUGACGGGGAGAUGGAAGUGCGCGGUACAAAUCAGGUUUCCGAAGAUACAGAGACUACCGCGACAAAGGACGCCAAAAAGGAAUCUAAAAAGAACGAAAAGCCGCUGGAGGAAAAGAAGGAUAGUAAACAGCGCGAUGCAGCCAACAGGAACCAUGAUCCAGAUUCUAAAGAACACUUGGAUCAGCUAGUGUCCAAUAUCGGGAUGGUCUCCGUACAGGCCAUGUCUGAUUCUCGUUAUCUCGGCUCUACAUCUGGCAUUUCCUUCGCAAGACUUGUCUUUGCGGCUGUGAAAAGCUCAGUCAACACGAGCGGUUCUGAGCCUGGUUCAGCGCGACUGACCGAGCGCAAGUCAUCAAACAGCACCGGCAGUACGAUACGAGAAACCUUCUUCGGCCUUCAAUCACGUCCAUUGAUGAAACAAGCAGCAUUUCCUGAUCGCGAACUUGCUGACAGACUUGUAAGCUUGUAUUUCGAACAUGCGAACCCACAGAUGCCCAUCUUACAUCGCGGCGACUUUUUAGAGCUCGUAAGUAGAGUCUACGAAAUGGAGGAAUCUGCAAGGCUGUCACGCGAUAUGUACUUGUUGAAUAUUGUCUUUGCUAUCGGUGCUGGCAUAAUUUUUGAAGGGAGAAGAAAAUCAUCGGACGAUGAAGAGGAAGAGUCCUCCCCUUCGCACUCCUCUAAGAAACAGAAACUUUCAGGAGUCCAAUUCCAGCCGGAAGAAUACCAUGCGGCUGCAGUGGUACAUUGGGAGGCAUUUUUAAGCGCUUCACCCAUGUCUGACUCUUCCGGAGGAGGCCUGGAUGAGUUGCAAGCAUAUCUUUUAUUGGCCAGCUUUGCGCUUUUGAGGCCAGUUGCCCCAGGACUGUGGUAUAUCGUGGGUGUUGCUGUUCGUCUUGCUAUUGAUCUUGGCCUCCAUCACGAAGAUGGCACUGGCAUAGACUCGAUUGGAGAGGAUGAUGUCUUGCCUGCGAACCAACCAGCUCACCCAGAACGGGGUCGGCUUCAAUACAUUCGAGAUCAUCGCAGACGACUUUGGUGGUGUGUUUACAGCUUCGAUCGACUUGUCAGUACUUGUGUCGGUCGUCCAUUUGGAAUCACAGACCAAGUCAUAACCACCGAGUUCCAUUCUCUUCUCGAUGACCGCUAUAUCACAAAAUCCGGUUUCCGUCCACCAAAGGGCGACGUACCGAGCUACAAACGAGUUUCCUACCACUAUCUAAGGCUACGACUUUUGCAGUCAGAAAUUCAGCAAGUCUUACAAUAUCAACAAGCGCGGUUUGUGCGUCGGUCUGGCAAGAAUAGCUCAAACCAUUCAAUGCAUACCAAACUCCAGUCUCCAUUCCUUGAACGAUUUGACUCAUUCCGUUCAUGGCGAAGGGAUGUGCAUCGCCGCUUGUUGGACUGGAAGGAUUCAUCACCCACGAAACAAGAUACUGGGGUGCAAUUUUCCAUUGAACUUUUCGAGUUGAAUUACUACCAAGCUUUGAUCAUGCUGUAUAGACAGACACUCACCGUGCCUGCAGCUUUGGCAGGCGAUCUCCAUCCGACAGAGGAUGUUUCUAGUCCACCGUCUUUUGAUCUGGAUGAUCGAGAAGACGAGGACGAUAUAUAUCUUCAAAUUGCCGAAGCUGGUCAGAAAGUUAUCAAAAUAUAUCGCCAAUUGCAUCGGGUCAGGUUGGUGAAUUAUACGUAUAUGACGACGCAUCAUCUCUUCAUGGCCGGUAUUUCAUUCCUCUUCGCAAUCUGGCACUCGCCUGUUGUGCGCAGUCGUUUGACUUUGGAUGACGUCGACUUCACUGUUCUUGCUGCAACAUCUAUCUUCAGCGAUUUGAUGGAAGUCUGCCCGCCAGCAGAGACGUGUCGAGACGCAUUCGAACGAAUGAGCAGAGCUACGGUUCGCAUGGGUUCAAAGGGCUUUGCGUCACAAGCUGUUGGUGGUGGUUCCCUCACAGCAUCUGCAAAAUCGCUUGCCUCGACCACCACCAACCGGGCUGCACCACAAAGUGUGCAAUUAGCGCCUGUACAGCGAGCUCAACGGCCCACCCGACGGCCAACUUUUGAUAUGGAUCUCAGCGAUCUGUAUCAAAGUCCUCCCGGCCAACAGGCCCAGCUCAAUCCUCCUCCGAGGCAACGAUCCUACCAGCCUGCACAGUCGUUAACAACGCAACCCGAACAAUACCAAUCGCACCCUGGAUAUUCUCAAGCGUAUGCAGGAUAUGACCAGACUGCUCAACAGCAGCAACAAUACUACAUGGCACAAUCACCUCAAAGUGCCGGGUCAGCAGCACCACUCGCUUUCACCCCGCCCACACAUUCGGAGCAGCAACAACAUAGCCUCACAGACAUGAGCUUAGACUUCCUCGACUUUGCCACCAAUCCUACCAACAUGAACCAAGAUGCUGACAUGAGUAAUCCAGACGGCAGCAAUGCACCUUCGUUGAACCAGUUUACAGGUCCUUUCAAUGUGAAUGACCUUCAAGGCACGGGCAUCAAUUUAGGAGGUCUUGGAAUGGAGGCCGACUACCUACGUGAUCUGACCACUGACGGUUCUGGGUAUGACUUGAUGGAUGGGUAUUGGUUUGGAAUGUCUGGUGGUGGGAAUUCUGGAAUAUAG